UGGAAGAAAUGAAGUGGCUGCUGCUCUGUGAUAUAAACAAGCAGGCGGGGGUGACCCAGAGAGGGUGAGACCUGCUGGGACACAGACAGAAAAAGAGAGAGAGAGAAUUCAUGUACUGAGACAGAAAAGCACAUACAGCUAGUGAGAGACGGACAGAGGAGUGAGAGACAGACAGAGGAGUGAGAGACAGAGACAGAGGAGUGAGAGACAGAGACAGAGGAGUGAGAGACAGAGACAGAGGAGUGAGAGACAGAGACAGAGGAGUGAGAGACAGAGACAGAGGAGUGAGAGACAGACAGACAGAGGAGUGAGAGACAGACAGAGAAGUGAGAGACAGACAGAGAAGUGAGAGACAGACAGAGAAGUGAGAGACAGACAGAGGAGUGAGAGACAGACAGAGGAGUGAGAGACAGACAGAGGAGUGAGAGACAGACAGAGGAGUGAGAGACAGACAGAGGAGUGAGAGACAGACAGACAGAGGAGUGAGAGACAGACAGACAGAGGAGUGAGAGACAGACAGACAGAGGAGUGAGAGACAGACAGACAGAGGAGUGAGAGACAGACAGACAGAGGAGUGAGAGACAGACAGACAGAGGAGUGAGAGACAGACAGACAGAGGAGUGAGAGACAGACAGACAGAGGAGUGAGAGACAGACAGACAUAGGAGUGAGAGACAGACAUAGGAGUGAGAGACAGACAAAAAGAGUGAGAGACAGAGACAGGUUAGUGGGAGACAGACAGAGAAGUGAGAGAAAGAGAGAGCUCACGUGUACUAGGACAGAACAGCACAUACAGCUAGGGAGAGACAGAGGAGAGAGACACAGAUCUAAUGAGACAGGUGCAGAUCUAUCAAGACACACUCAUCUGGGAGAUCUAAUAACUCUCAAAGUGCCAGGCUACAGUGCUGUCUGUUGGGCACAAGGUUGGCACACAUGGCGAUGAAGGAUCUCACAGAGGAGGAUUUACACAACCUGCUGAUGAGUUCGGGUAACACUCGCCAGCGCCGUGUGUCUAGGAUGGUGGAAGAGGUGCAGAGUAUCAUGCAGCGGCUCACUUCUGAGAUCAGCAUUAAAGAUUCCAGAUUUCAGAGCAUCUGUAAAGGAGGCAUUUAUAGUGACAACCUGAAGGUUUUGUCCCCUUCACAGUUCUUGGUCACUGUCCCCCUGUGGGGUCUGAGCGGGUUUAAGCAGCGGAAGUCUCGCCGUUGGCGUUAUUAUACCCCAAGUGGUGUCCGACUGAUGACACCUGUCAUGGGACCUGAGAAGCUUCACCAGUGGCUGGAGAUAGAGCAGUUCAAGAAGGGCACUUGUCAUUGGCAUGAGAGUGACGUUAAUAUCCAGGGGGACCUUGUACCAGCCCGAGUGAUCAGCGUCUUUCAGAAACUUCUGCACAACGCUAUCCCUUUCUGCAGCCUGUCUGAUAAGGUGAGUGUCCUUGAGUCUUCGGGCCCUGUGUUAAGGGUGAGUGUGGAGACAUCGGAACAACUGGUGGAAGUGGAGCUGGUUCCAGCUGUGGAGAUUCCUGGUUACUGGCCCAGAAAAGCUCGAUGGCCACGAUUCCUGGCACGAUGGCCAUCCAAGGAAAGAGCUCGGUGUAUUAAGUCCUUUGGCUUUGACCUCCUGGCAAGGACAAAUUACCACUGGCAGUUCUCAUUCCUACGGGCAGAGCGCCUCCUACUGGAGGAGAUGGAUGAGGAUGGAGGAUGCCGUAUGAAAUGUUUACGAGCUGUUCGACAGUUAAAAGAAGACAUAUGGUGUCCGGCAAGUCAACCAGUUAUCACCUCUCACCACCUACAGAUGAUUGUGCUUUGGGCAUGUGAAAAACACCCCUCAACAAAAGCCUGGAAAGAUUUUGCUCGCUGUUUCUUGAGAGUUGUUCGUAGACUCUUAAAAUGUUCAAAACAGAGAUUCCUACGUCAUUACUUUAUCCGCAAUGCUAAUCUCCUGAAAAAUGCAGAUGCUACACAACUUGAUAUCCUCGCUGGCAAACUGGUGAUCUUCUUAAAGAACCCCUCUAUAAAAUCUGCUUUAUACACAGUGAACUCUUCAGUUUGCUAGUAUCUCAAUAUCACACAAUAUGAGCUCUACCAAGAACAUGAGCCAUCUGCUGACCCCAGGCAAACUGAGCAGAUAUUAUCCCCUGUAGACCAAGUGCAGGCAACACAUGGAGAUGAGACCUCUUGUCUGUAUGCUGAGCAUUCACCCACUUGACUCCCCCCUAGCAGAUCAUAUAUUAUCCCCAAUAUACCAAGAACAGGUCACCCGUGGAACUGAGACCUCUUGCCCAUCUUGUCUGUAUGCUGAGCAUUCACCCACUUGACUCCACCCUAGCAGAUCAUAUAUUAUCCCCAAUAUACCAAGAACAGGUCACCCAUGGAACUGAGACCUCUUGUCCAUAUGCUGAGUAUUCACCCACUUGCAGACCACACCCUAGUGGAUCAUAUAUUAUCCCCUAUAGACCAAGAGCAGGCCACCAAUGGAGCUCAGACCUCUUCCCACCCUAGCAGAGUGGAAAUGUUUUAUGAAAUUGCUCCAAGAGACAGUAGAUCAAGUUAACUGAGAUUAAAAGGAUAUUUAAAUAAUGAAAUCCAGGACUAUAUCACAUUGGUGUGCUGCAGUAACCCAUGUAGGGUUACCAACAUGGCUGUUUUUUUUAAGUAUCAGGUAAAUAGAUCUUUACAUAGCCCACAGGUUAUUAGUAGGUACAUCAUAGCCAGGGACAUACACAUCUAACAGAUUAAUUCCACCUUUAUUAGUUAAACUUUUCAUACAUAUUCUAGUAAUCAUGGAAACGUUAUUAUGUGGUAAUAGCUGCUAAUUACUAUUCAGCUAAUUCACCUGGGAGUUACAUCUCAAUGCAGCCUUAUACCCUCUGUUAUAUACACAGGGAUUGUGGGGGGGGUCCCUUUGUGUAUUUUAUGUUGUUACGCACUGAAUUAGUAAAGCAGUUACAGUUAGUAAUUGUGCUUUUUUCCCCUCUUUUUUUAAAUUCCUCAACUGCUCCUUUGUUACUGAGAGCAGCUGUCAUUUGUCUUCUUCCUGAGGGUUCAGAUAUUUGUAUUACUCAUUACGCCGGGCUAGAGUUUUAUGCAGUGCGUUAUUAUUUACUGGAGGUUUCCCUUUUAUACUUAUUGACCAAGGGUUCCGACUUUAUUCUACAAGGUCCCAGUAGCAUUGUUUCUAAACAUUUUAUGUACUGGAGGUUUCCCUUUUAUACCUAUUGACCAAGGGUUCCGACUUUAUUCUACAAGGUCCCAGUAGCAUUGUUUCUAAACAUUUUAUGUACUGGAGGUUUCCCUUUUAUACUUAUUGACCAAGGGUUCCGACUUUAUUCUACAAGGUCCCAGUAGCAUUGUUUCUAAACAUUUUAUGUACUGGAGGUUUCCCUUUUAUACUUAUUGACCAAGGGUUCCGACUUUAUUCUACAAGGUCCCAGUAGCAUUGUUUCUAAACAUUUUAUGUACUGGAGGUUUCCCUUUUAUACUUAUUGACCACGGGUUCCGACUUUAUUCUACAAGGUCGCAGUAGCAUUGUUUCUAAACAUUUUAUGUACUGGUUUUCCAGGUAUUUACAGUAAACAAAUAAAAUGAAAAGAAAUGUG